GUGAUCGCGGACGGUUUAAAUUCAAACUGAAUUCACCGCGAUCCAGAUUCUGCAUAUAGAACCCAGUUAAUAUCAUCUUUUCCUUCAGUGUACAAUUCCUACCCGAUAACCUGAAAUUUUGUCCGCGAUCUUAGUUAUUAAUGAAUGGUGCGCAUCAUAUCUGUCGGAUUAGUGAUGCAGAAGUGAUAUCAGCGGUGUCGCCGGAGUGACUUCAUUCUUUCAUACAGGUGCAAUUUUAAUUAAUGAUAUUCCCCGCCGCGUACGUACACUACUAGAUUUACUGCGAUUGAGUGAGUUGUUUACGGUUGGGUUGCAUUUCAGUACACAUCUCGUGUAAACACUGUGUACCUACGAUCGAAGGCAAUGAAAGAUAAUUAAAGUUGGAGAUAAUCAGAAUAAAUGCAUGGUGAUAGUUAAUUACGAACUGAUUUCGACGAAUCCGGGCUGUUAAAAUUCACAAGAAAAAGUUGGAAAGGCAAAGAUUUUAAACAAUGUGUCUGCAGCAGAAGCACCAAUUAAGAACUCGAGAACUGGUUUCCUCUCUAUCAGUGAUUUUAUGGGUUAUCACAAGUGCCACCGUUAAAAUCGACGCUUUAACAAUAGACAACCAACUGGUAUCGGGGAAUAAUGAUUGCUUUGAACGUAUCGUUUUGGGCUCGAUGCUUCCAUUUGAGAGCGCUUUCCGGAAUGUGGACAUGAACUCACUCAGUGAAUGCAAAGAAUUAUGCUUGCGUGAAGAAGGCAAAUGCAACACAAUAGCAUUUGGCAUCAGCAGUCGCGGUAACGGCACAUGUCAAUUAUCAUCAAAAGUUUUAGAUAAAUCACAGCGACGGCCAUCUGGGACAAUAUUUGAUCCUGAUUUUGAUCUCUACGAAAGGCGGAGCGAUUGCCUCGAUCCGAAUGGGAAUUUCAACGGAAGCCCAACUCCUGGAAAUUUUGGACCACCAACAGAAGCAAGACCCGAAACGAGUGGACCACCACCACCUCCCUUUGGUACAGUAGUUACAACGAACGGGUUACCACCUUCCACAAACUCUGAAGCUAGUAGUCCCUUCAAUGGAGGAAAUAAUAAUCCACCAGACGAUCGGUAUUCGCCGUCGCCUCCAAGUCCAUCACCCAGUGGCGAUCGGAAUGGCCGCUUCCCUGGGAGUAGUUCCUAUCCAAGUAGUGCCUAUGGUGUCAGUGAAGGAACAUUCGAAACCACUUACUCAGCAAGACCAUUCGAAACUACUUUCCCUACAGCGCAAACCUCUUAUUCAGAUCGAAACAAAGAUACUAUUUAUUUCUCACAUGAUGGUUUUCCGAUGUAUAAGUAUCCGACGCUUUAUGAAAACAAUUCUCCAACACCCAAUGGGGACAGAAGAUUUCCAGCCACAUACGCUCCAAAUAUUCCAACAUUGGAAGAUCGAUACAAACCUUUACCAAGCGAUGGUGAUUACUACCCCAUCCCACCGAACACGACCCCACGUCCAAUAUAUGGAUUAGGAUAUGGAAAUGGAUAUAGCUAUGGUACGCCCGUUAAAUAUGGCUCUACUCGUCCAUAUGGACCGGGAUCAAGUGGGCCACAGUCGAGGCCUACUUCUCCUUAUUCUCCAGAUUACAGUCCACGGCCGACUUCAAGCUACGAUAACGAAAGACCAUCUACAUACCAUCCGAGACCACAGCGUCCACUAACAGAUACCCAGUACGCCUACCGUCCUGAUCCUGAAUAUAGUAAUAGACCUACAAGUGGUGAGCCUAGUACCUAUGGAACUACUCCACUUAGACCUGGACCAUCGCAGACUCCUUUAUCUGGAGGUGAUUACAGACCAAGUAGACCAUAUCCAGAUGACAGACCAAGACCUGGCUAUGGCACCACACCAGAAGGUAAAUAUUCCACAACGGAGGGUCCUAUUGAAACUUAUUUCAAUCCUGAUGAUUACUUAGAAGCUAAAUGGACUGUGAAACCAGGAAGCUAUGGCGGAGGCGAUAGAUUCGGCGGUCGAUAUCCCAGCUUUGAUCAACGGGCAUGCUUCCGACGUGUCUUAGCUGGUAAAAGAAUAGCUCCACAUUGGGUGCGGCGGACAUUAGCUUGUGAACGAGUUGAGGACUGUAUGCAAGAAUGUGGGCACGAGAAACGAUUCACAUGCGAAGGAUUCAACUAUCGACUUGACCCGUCAGGUCACGGCCAGGGUGAUUGUGAGUUAAUUGAAGUUCCACUUGCACAAAUGGAUCUCUACUCUAGCCCCAGAAAUCGCGAUUCAAAUCUUCUAAGACAUCCGGAUUACGACUAUUAUGAACGAGACCGCAAUGCUCCAUCAAGUUGUCGCCCAUCAUGUAAUGACUGCGGAUCAAAACCAUUCAGUCCCGUCGAUUACUACCGCCCUGAUCCAAAACCAUAUCCCGGCGAACCUUUCCCUCCAUCAUCACCUCCAAGCGGUCCUAGUGGAUAUGGACCAAGACCGGAUUAUUUCCGGCCUGGUCAAGAUACUGCAAUUGACAAAUAUCGGCCACCCAGACCAAUAUAUGAACCUCGCCCACCUCCACCUCCCCGUCCACCAACAGACUAUCAGCAUCACUAUGAAGGGUCAAUUUCGUCUCAUUCCUCCUAUGGAUCUGAAUAUCACGGAACUAGCUUUGGCGGCGGUUUCAUUGACCGAUAUGAUAUAGAGCGACCUGAUGACUACCCACGCCCAAGUAGAUGGGAGGUGCAAUUACCUACAAGUUCUGGUUCUGGUUAUGAAGUCCAUGAAAAUUAUCGUCCACCUUACCGACCUGGAUCUGAUUAUUCUCCGUAUCGGGAACCAGAUCGAUACUUCCCGCCAUCCAGCUCAUCAUAUGAGUACUCGGGAAGAGAUAGAUCAAGGUACGAUACCAGCUCUAGAUUUGUGCCCUAUUUAAUUGGUGACAAUGGGUCUUGGGGUUCUUAUGGAGGAAGCUAUGGACGAGGAUCAUCCUCUUACAGUAAAAAUAUUGACUACUGGGGCCUAAGAGGAGAUAAUCGACGAACAGAUGUUGGGAACAGAUUCAAUUACUUUGAUCUUUAUGGACAUGAUCGUGACAGAUUUGACUACAACGAUAAUUUUGUAUGGAACUAUGGAGGCAAGUAUGGUCACGGUGACAAAUAUCCUCCGAGGGAUCGUCCGAACUACGGAUCCCAGUGGACAAGACGGCCAGGUCCUGAUGAAUGUUCUGUAAAAUCCGGUGAAGGGUUCCGACUUCAUAAGGCUGUAGUAAGGAUUGCCCUUCAAGUACCAUCCAUCACAGAAUGUGAACGCAUGUGCUUCUCGGAAAACUCAUUUUCCUGUCACACAUAUAGCUACCGAUACACAUUGAAUGGACGCGAUAACUGCCUCCUAUGUGAUCGUCCAGUUAAUUUACUGGAUUAUUAUAUUGACCUACAACCUGACAGAGAUUAUGAUAUUUAUUCAAUGGCUGAUGAUAUGAAAAUUUGCAGCUAUACUCCACGUGGCGGCGGUGGUAGCGGUGGCGGCAGUACUGCCGUUUCUGAUCCAAGGAACAAUAAUAUGCAAUGUUUCUUCCGUGCAAUCGAUUCGACACGAUUUUUCAAAUCUAUCGUACGUGACUCACUGACGGUACGUUCAAUUGGCGAAUGCGAAUUGGAGUGUAUAAAGUCGUCGAAAUUCACGUGUCGGGCUUUCGCCUUUCGAUAUGGUCAAAGGACACAUGGUGGAAUAAUUGAUAAUUGCCAACUCAGUGAUUGGCCAGUAAGGGAUAUGGAUAAGGAGCGUCAUCUGAUUUUGGAUACAUCAUUUGAUGUUUUCGAAAGGGCUAGCUAUGGACAUGGAUGUGAAUUACAGCCCAUCGUUGAUGAGAAGCAUAAAAAACUGUGCUACUUAGGAUAUGGUUCGGCCGCUAAACUCCUUCCACCAGCAAUAAAGAAAGCUAUUUCAGUCCCUACAGAACUUGAAUGCAAAAAGGAAUGUGUCCGGUUGCGAGAGACCACCCCAUUUAAAUGUUACUCAUUCAGUUUUGGAUCACAUGCUAGUACUUACAAUUGUGAAAUGUCCGACCUAGAUCAAACCGAACUUAAAAUAAACGUUCAUUACCGACAUACCAAUAAUCGCGAUUAUUGGUUAUUCGCAUGGAAUCCUUUCGAUUGGACUUGCCGUGAUAAGGUCACUACAGUUGGUGGCAGCCGUGUGAAUAACGAUCGACGAAUGGACAUAUUCCGAGAGCCCGGAGAAGUAACAUGGCGCCAUUACACCGUCUCGGGCAAACCUUGCCGCCUGGGAAGCUCUUGCGAAAAGAAUUUGGUCACAGGAUUCUAUUCAUGCGAAAUCGAAAGCGGAGAAAUCGGUUCCUGGGACUACUGCUGUAAGUCUGAUCACCCCUGCGGAUACUCUAAGGGGUUCGAAUAUCCAUGGUGCUUUGUCGGAGACGAACCUGACCAAUGGCGUAAAUGCAGCGAUCGCUACUUCCCAGGCAACAAUACCCACCAAGGAAUAACAUAUGCUCCCGGAGACAAGAGGAAACCUGAACAUUAUCAACAACCUCCACGACCAGGUGGAUUACAUAGUUUAACGGAAUUCACUGCUGCACGCUUGUGGCCUGUCACCUACCUCUAUAGCGAAGGACCUCCCAAUUCUACAGAGCUAAGCAAUUUUGUCGACUGUAACAAAGAAAACUGUAAAAGGAGAUAAAUAGUGUGAGAAUUAAGAAUAUUAACAGAAAAGUAAAAUUGUUCUUAUGCAAUUUACAAAAUAAUAAACAUAACUGUAGUAAGGAAAUCGAGGAAAUGUCGGCAGCUAAAGAAAAAUGGUAAAUUAUGUAUUUACAUGCAUUCAUUAACCUUCAGUACACAUUUUGUAAGGCAUUGCAUUUUGUAUUCAUCCUUUGUGUAAUCAUCCUUCCACCUAUAACUGUUAAGGUAAAAUGAGCGACGAGUUGCAUAAUACUAUUCUUACUCUAUUACUUCUCCAUCUUCAAAUAAAUAAAAAUUAUUUUAAGAGCAUUA